AUGUACAUAGUUGAGAGCUCUAGUGUAAUCAGCGCUCGGAAUUGGAACCAAACGUCCAGCACUGGGGUCUCUUACUGCCAAAGCUGCCAGGCGCUGGAUGCAGUCGAGAACAGACGUGCGAAGCUCCGUGCUUCGUUUACGCUUCUGAAAACAAGGUUCUGCGCUAGUGCCCGUAUACGCGGUUAUGUGGCCGGCUCGAUCUACAGCUUCAGCAAGCUUCAUGUCCGGUGCAGUUCAGUUGACUCUGGAGAGCACGGUGUUUCUCAAGAGCGAGUGCACGCGCGGCCGAAUGCUGCCUUCUUGGCGGACGUAGAUAGCGUUCCGGCAGCAGCAACAACAGCUGGCGCUGCUAUGGGUGUAACUGGAGAAAACCUGGGCCAGACGGUGGUUUCACGAGAGUCAAAUACUGCUUCUCUCGGGAUGGAGCAGGUCGAGCAGGUUUCCCUAGUUAUGGAGAGUACAGCCGAACUUUUGGAGUUUGGCCGAGUGCUUGAGUGCUUGUCGAGUUUAGCGCUUACGCAAACGGGCAGGCAACGUCUCCUGAGUAGAGGGCUAAUGAUUCAUCUUCUAUCAUUAACGAAACAGCAAAGCGAAAGACUUAUGCAACUAACAGCUGAAGUUGUGACUAUUGAGAGGCGGACGCCAACCUCGCCGUUUGAGGUUCUGAAACGGCUCCCGGAUGUCGAGGGACUUAUUCAAAGGCUCCACAAAAAAGGUAAUCUCGAAGGAGAAGAGCUGCUUCGCAUUGCCAAUUUCGUGCAGGUAGCGGCGAACUUGAAAAAGGCUUCCGCGGAAUGCCUCAUGGAUUCGAGUUCGGCCUCCCCGGACGCAUACAUGUCUUCACCAGCAUUUGACAGCACUAGCUGUACGAAUCAGAUGCACACAGAACCUCUUGCUGUGCAGAAGUGCUCAGCAGAAUUGCAAAGUAUUCUAGAUCGGGUUCAGCCCGUCAGUGCGGCAGCAUCAGAGAUAUUUGCGACACUCGACGAAACUGGUCGUCCGCGCGAAACUGCAUCCGAUGAACUUCGAGUAGUUCGAACGCAGUUGCAGCGAAUUAAAGAGCGAAUAAAAGACGAACUACAGCGAAUCAUUCAGAGCAAAGGAGAUGCUCUACAGGAUCGGACGCCAACGACGCGCUACGAUCGCCAGGUGCUUGCAGUGAAGGCGACCCACAAGCGGAGAAUACCAGGAAUCGUGCACGAUUACAGUAACACUGGGAGCACUGUUUUCGUUGAGCCGCAUGCGAUUGUGGAGUUGAAUAGCGAAUUACGUCGCCUCAGUCGCAGGGAAUCCGCAAUCGAACGCGACAUUUGGAAUCAGCUGAGUAAGCGACUGCAUGCUGCGAGCGUCCGGCUCAGUAGCACAUUUGAGGCCCUGAUUGACAUUGAUUUCUCGGUGGCCCGAGCCCGUUACGCACGGCAUAUCGGCGCUUCGUUGGUGCGCUUCGCUGCAGAUAGUGAGAUGCCAGUGGACAUUCGCGGUGCAUGCCAUCCGCUACUUUUGUGGCGCUCGCUCAAAUCGAUGGAGAGCGUGGUACCGAUUGACUUUCAUUUACGGGGAAUUGCUUCCGCCGCCAUCCUGACUGGAGCGAAUGCCGGAGGAAAAACCCUAGCGGCGAAGACCCUCGGUCUCAUAGUGCUCAUGGCAAAGAGCGGCAUUCCGAUUCCUCGGCGACACGCUGAUCCGAAUAUGUCGCCGACCACGCUACUCGAUGAAGAUGUCACUGUGCCGUACUUUGACAGAGUACUUGCAGACAUUGGAGAUGAACAGUCGUUAGAGCAAAAUUUGUCAACAUUCAGCGGCCAUAUAAGACGAAUAGGUGAGAUUCUUCAGUGUGCGACUGCGGACUCGCUGGUGCUUCUGGAUGAGCUUGGUGCUGGAACGGAUCCGGCUGAGGGAGCUGCGCUUGGCAUCGCCCUUGUUCGCUACCUGGUCGAGAAGAAAAACGUUCGCUUCGUCUUUGUGACAACGCAUCAUAGUGAACUGAAGACUCUCUUUUUUAUGGAACCCUCUAGAUACGAAAACGUCUCCGUUGAAUUUGACACGGACCGGUUGGAACCUACGUACCGACUUCUCUGGGGUGUAGCGGGGAGGUCGUAUGCGCUGCUGGUUGCCCGCAGACUCGGGCUCGAUCACGACAUUUUGCAAGAAGCGGAAAACCUACUCGAACGAUCGGUCGGUGUAGGCUCGAGCCCGGACUCUUUGCCACUGAGUCCUGGGAGCGGAUCGAGCUCUCCGCAGAAUAUGAGCCGCCUCAUGGAGCAGGUUGAAAAGAUUCGCGUGGAGCAGCUUCAGAACCUGGAACGAGCACGCCAAGAAGCACGGGAAAUGGAGCGAAUGCGACAGGAGCACGAGAAGCGACUUGCAGGACUAGAGCGACAUCGCAAGGAGGCAAUCGAAGAAGUUAAGCGGGCAUUAGAAGCGGAAUUAGAACAAGUGCGUCAGGAGCUUCGGGAAGCACUGCAGCGCCUUCGACGCAAUGAAAUGGCAUCGUCGGAAGGUAACACCCUUGCAAAUACCCUGGAAGCAAAAGUCGCGGAAGCAACAAUGGCCCUAGCGGGAUUGGAACGAGACGAUGAUCGGGAAAUCAACCCGGAAACGGUGGACACGAAUGAUUAUGUCAUGGUACCGAAGCUCGGAUCAUCUCCCUUGCGGGUGACCCAGAAACUUCCCGAUGGACGUAUACGUGUUGCACUGGGGAACCUGACAGCAACAAUUGCUGUCCAGGAAGUCGUGUCUGUUCAGCGCCCGACUGAAGCAUCGACCACAAUGGCCACGGAACGAUCGCCACGGCGUCGUGUCGAAGCUGAGAAGCCGGCCAGCGGGCUCUCCUCGCCAGUGCUGGUGCGCACUGACCGAAACACCGUGGACCUCAGGGGUAUGCGGGCACACGAAGUAGAAUCUGCUCUGGAUUCUGCGAUAGAUCGCAGUGUGCAGAUGGGAUCGCUCUGGAUCAUUCAUGGACACGGUUCUGGACGGCUGAAGAGCGUUGUGCGAGAGUACCUGCGUGGCCAUCCGCAUGUGGACAGUUUCCAGGAAGCGAGCCCUUCAGAUGGGGGAUCUGGAGUGACGGUCGCGGUGCUUCGAUGA